GAAGAAGUGGUGGUGCACUACGGCACUAUCGCAUCUGGCAACCAGGUGAUGCGAAGCGCUGCCGAGAGAGACAGAGUUAGCACGGAGCUCGGUGGGGUGCUGUGCUUUGAGAUGGAGGCGGCGGGGCUAAUGAACAGCUUCCCGUGUCUUGUCGUGCGCGGUAUUUGCGACUACGCGGACUCGCAUAAGGACAAGCGUUGGCAGCCAUAUGCGGCGGCGAUGGCGGCGGCGUACGCUAAGGAGGUGCUAUCGGUGAUACCACUAGCGCAGGUGGCGGCGUCACGCACAGCAGAGGAAGCGAUCAGAAAGGCGAGUGGUUAG